AUGUCAUUGUUUCCAAUUCGUCGUUAUCGUGCUUUCGAUGAUCCAUUUGAUCGUUUCUUUGGUGAUCAACUCGAUUUCUUCGAUCCAUGGCGUGAUUUUGAAACAUUUCCAACAGCUCUUUCUGUUCAACCAAAUGCUUUUCGAUGGAUUAAUGAACCUUCACGGUUAACACAUCAUCAUCAUCAUCAUCAUGGUACUCAGCCAAAAUCAUCAACACCACAUGCAGAAAAAUUUCGUGUACAAGUUAAUGUUGCUGGAUUUAAUCCAGAAGCAAUUAAAACUAAAGUUGAAGGUCGAAAAGUUGUUGUUGAAGCUAAACAAGAAGAUCGACAAGCAGAUGGUGAUUAUAAUGU